AUGGGUGACGCAAACAAUACCGGUCACGUCCUUGGCAAGGCGAAUGACUACAUCAGAGGAGAAGAGUUCGACAAAGCAGUAGGCAACCGUAAAUCUGAUAAGAAGGAUGAUAAGCAGAAAAAAGAAAAGGGCUGCGAGAGUGACCGUAGCCGAGAUCAAAGAAGAGAAGAAUCGAAUAUGGUCAAAAUAGGGAAUGACCGAGAAAGAGAAAAUGAGAGGUAUGACCGCGAUCGUAGGGACCGCGAGAAAAGCAACCGAGAAGGGGGUGAACGCAAGGAGAGAUUUGAUGCGUACACUCAACUCACCACCUCAAGGAGUCAUAUUUUUCUAAUGAACAAAGAUAGUGACAAAUGGCAGCGUCGAAAGCAGAUGUUCCAUAAGAACCGUGAUAAGAGUAAGUGGUGUGAUUUUCAUGGGGAUCACGACCAUCUGACUGAAGAUUAUCGGCAUCUAAAAGACAAUUUGGAGGAUUUGAUAAGAAGAGGCUACUUCAGCCAAAUCAAAGCUCAGACUAGAGAAUGA